GACCUGUACAUUAUUAUAUAAUGUAUUUGGCAUUUUUAGUAUUUAUCUCAUAUUUCCUAUAAUGUUGAUUCUUCUCGUUGACCAUGAAACAAAUUCUAUAACAAAUACCUCAGCGUUUCUCACAGCCACAGAUUCAGACAAAUUUUCUCACCAACCAAACAGUACCCAGAGGGAAUCUCCCGCAUCUCAGCAGCAAUGAUUCUUCCUUUCCGCCAACAUUCCCUCUUCCUCACUUCGUCCCCACAUUCAAAAUCCAAACUUUCUCCCCAAAAUGCCCUUUCUCGCACAUUUUCCCUUCGUCGGGGUCCCGAGAUUUUCCCAUGCCGUCGCCGGAGUUCCCCACAGCCGUUCCUCGCCGACCAAUGGAAACCAAUAUUAUUACCUUGUGGACAACAUCUGCUUUCGGUCUUCAGAUGCAGAACCCAGAACCCUUCUUCGCUCGCCAUUUCUCAUGAAUUCUCCGACGAUGAAAAGCCCGACAAACCGUGGAAAAAUCAGGAUUUGACGGCGACCCUCGAGACAAGAAAUGAGAAAAGUUUCUGGGCUGCAGUCACUUUGAUCAUCGGCACCGCCGUGGGGCCGGGGAUGCUCGGCCUCCCCGCCGCGACAAUCAGAUCUGGUUCGAUCCCUUCGACGAUUGCUAUAUUUCUCUGCUGGGUUUACAACAUCUCCUCCAUUCUUCUUGUGGCUGAGCUUAGCUUCGCCGCCAUGGAAGAAGACAAUGCUACAGAGGUUAGCUUCACUGGGCUUGCGACCAAGUCCUUGGGGAAGAAAUUUGGAGCUUUUGUCGCUCUGGUUUAUGCUUCGUUGAGUUUCUCUUUGUUGGUCGCUUGCGUUUCAGGCAUUGGCUCCAUCGUGUCUCAAUGCUUUCCCUCCUUGAAUCCAUUGUUGUCAAAUUCUUUGUUUCCUCUCAUCGCUGCAAUCUUGAUUGGGUUUUUCCCGUUCAAGGCCAUAGAUUUCACAAACAGGUCUCUGUGUUUCCUCAUGUUGUUUUCCAUAACUUCACUCGUGGCCAUUGGUUUAUCAGUAGCCAGGACCAAUGUAAUAGCCUCCUUUGGUCACUCGUGUUGGGCCAUCUCCACUGUUCUACCUGCAGUUCCAGUUAUAGUACUCACAUUAGGGUUUCACGUUAUUACACCUUUCAUAUGCAAGAUUGCUGGAGAUUCAGUUUCGGAUGCCCGGAAAGCCAUCUUGGUAGGCGGUGUUGUCCCCUUGGCUAUGGUGCUGUCAUGGAAUCUGAUUAUUUUAGGGCUUGCACGAAUCAAUGUGCAUGUAUCUUCAUCUCUUGAUCCCAUUGCUCUUCUUCUAUCUGUAAACCCUUCAGCUUUAUCAGCUGUUCAAGGCUUUGCUUUCUCGGCUUUAGCCACCAGUUUGAUCGGAUAUGCAGUUAGCUUCCCGAAACAGCUUCUCGAUACAUGGAAGCUCAUUACCAGAGAGUCCAGUGACAAUGGGAAUGGGAGAGUCGGGUAUGUCAGUUUCUUGCCAAGGAGAAGCGUCGGGAGAGUUUCAUACAGCGAAACCUCUAGUGUUGAAGACGGGAAUGGGACCAUUGAAAGAGCAAUGAUGCUGAUUGUGCUCGGAGCUCCAGCCCUAAUAGCAUCCUUCUUUCCCUCGACUUUCUCGAGAGCAUUGGAUUUUGCUGGUGUUUAUGCAAACUGCUUCCUCUUUGGUGUUCUCCCUCCUGCAAUGGCAUUCAUUCAACAGUCCAGGAAGAAGCUCAGGUCAUCCAUUCUUCCUGGAGGAAACUUCUCCUUGUUACUCUUAUUUGUAAUCGCCAUUAUUCUGGGAAUAUGGCAUUAGAGAUUAGGGCAAAACAAAACAGAGAAAAAUUUAUACUACUGUUUUUUUGAAUCCAUCUGUCUUUGUUUGCAUGUAUCAUAUUCCUCUGUGCCCAGACAUAUAUCAUAUUAUGUUACAUA